ACCCAGACCGGCAUUCCUGAAACAGUUGCUAAUGAUAACUUCAGUUUAGAUUUCAUGUUUUAAUUGUUGCACUUUAUCCGUUUGAGAUAGAUUUAUAAGACAUUAUGGCACAGUUGCAGGUGAAAGAAGGGGAGUUUACAUCGACAAUAUACGGAAUGAUCAGGGAACAACGUUACAAUGAAGCCGUGCAAGUUCUCAACAAUCAGUUACAAAGCCAUCAGAAGUCCCGAGCAGCUUUGUCAUUAUUGGGAUACUGCCACUUCCAGAUGCAGGACUUUGUGAAUGCUUCUGACUGCUAUGAACAGCUGAGCUACAUGCACCCAGAGGUGGAGGAGUACAAACUUUACUAUGCCCAGUCACUAUACAAAGCCUGCCUCUUCACAGAGGCCAUGAAGGUGGCCUGCCAGAUCGACAACCCUCAAUACCAGGGACAGAACCAAAAAUUGAGCUUUAAGUAUAUGAUAACAAAACUCCAGGCUGCGAUUAAGUAUGGCGAGGAGGAUCUACCUGGCUCUAAGAGCCUUGUAGAGCAGUGCCCUGCUGAUGACCCUGACACAGAAAUAAACCUGGGAUGUCUUCUCUUCAAGGACAACAGAUUUGAGGAAGCCUGCCAGAAGUUCACUACUGCCAUGCAGAUCAUUGGGUACAGACCUGAUCUGUCUUAUAACAUAGCACUGUGUCACUACCAGAUGAAACAGUAUGCGCCUGCCCUCAAACACAUCGCUGACAUCAUAGAGAAGGGCAUCAGGGAGCACCCAGAACUGAGUGUUGGUAUGACAACGGAGGGAAUUGAUGUGCGUAGUGUGGGAAAUACACUGAUUCUACACGAGACUGCCCUCAUUGAAGCCUUCAACCUCAAAGCUGCCAUAGAGUACCAGCUGAAAAACUUUGAGGCAGCCUGUGAAGCAUUGACAGAUAUGCCCCCUCGUUCAGAGGAAGAGCUGGAUGCUGUCACCCUCCACAACCAAGCACUUAUGAACAUGGAACUGACGCCUACAAAGGGAUUUGAAAAGAUGCAAUUUCUUCUUCAGCAAAAUCCUUUCCCACCAGAAACAUUUGGGAAUUUGUUGCUUCUUUAUGUAAAGUUUGAAUACUAUGAUCUGGCUGCGGAUGUGUUGGCAGAAAAUGCUCAUUUAACGUACAAGUAUUUGACCCCUUACAUGUAUGACUUUCUGGAGGCUGUGAUAACCAGACAGACAUCACCUGAAGAGGCUUACAGAAAACUGGAUGAGAUGGCGACAAGUCAAACGGAAACUCUUCGCAAGUUGACAAAACAGGUCCAGGAGGCCAGACAGAACCAUGAUGACGAGGCAGUAAAGAGGGCUGUUAAUGACUAUGAUGAGGCACUAGAGAGAUACAUUCCAGUACUGAUGCAACAGGCAAAGAUAUACUGGGACAUGGAAAACUACCAACAGGUGGAGAAAAUCUUCAGGAAAUCUGUGGAGUUCUGCAAUGAACAUGACAUUUGGAAGCUCAAUGUAGCCCAUGUACUCUUUAUGCAGGAGAAUAAAUACAAGGAGUCUUCUGGGUUCUAUGAACCAAUAGUGAAAAAGAAUUACGAUAAUAUCCUGAAUGUGAGUGCUAUAGUGCUGGCUAACCUGUGUGUGUCCUACAUCAUGACCAGUCAGAAUGAGGAGGCAGAAGAACUGAUGAGGAAGAUUGAGAAGGAGGAAGAACAAGUAGCCUAUGAUGAUCCAGAGAAGAAAAUAUUCCACCUGUGUAUCGUUAACCUUGUGAUAGGAACACUAUACUGUGCCAAGGGAAACUAUGAGUUUGGGAUCACCCGGGUGAUAAAGAGCCUGGAGCCAUACCAGAAAAAGCUGGGGACAGAUACAUGGUACUACGCCAAGCGCUGCUUCCUUUCUCUGAUAGAGAAUAUGUCCAAACACAUGAUCAUGCUGAGGGACUCUGUGGUCCAGGAGUGUGUCGCCUUCCUCGAGUGUUGUGAAAUGUACGGCCGAGAUGUCAAAGCCAUGAUUGAACAACCCCUUGAAGCUGAACCGAUGCACCCAGGCAAAAAUACAGUCACAUACGAAGCUAGAAUCCUGAAAAACUUGCUUCUUCAGUUAGUUUGAAAAGUUGUCUGUUAGAUUUUACUAAUUUUACUGUUAAUUUAUAAAUAUGAAACAAAGACUGGACAUCAAGGAGAUGAUGUUCGCGUGACAACAGAACAGUGUCUGUUGCAUGUGACUUUGCCUGAUGUCUGCUGUUAAUUACAGCAGCAUGAAAAUAUGUAACAUCAGGAAAAUAUCUGUGAUAAAGUACUGUUAGUUCAGCUGUAAAUCUACUGAACUUUGUAUGACCCUAUUCUAUGUGAAAUCAAUUAAAUUAGUUCA